AAAACGAGCCUGACGCAAUUUGUUUUUCACGAUAUCAACAACUGGGUUUUAAGGUCACUUCCAACAGUCUUCCAAAGCAUUCAGGCAUCGAAUCGUUUUUGUAUUACUUAUGUUUAGGAUUAAGUCACCUAAGUAAUAAUAUCCUAAUUUUCAACCCAACAGCAACCUACAUAACCAGCGUACAACUAGGGCCACUGGUUCAGCGAUCGAGGGGCGAGGCGGCGACCAGGCACUGCCGUCUGCUGAGGAGCGUCAACGGCAUCACAUGACCGAUCCACACACGGCAUUUUGAUCGCCGGAGGAAGGGCUGGUGAUCCCAUUGUUUAAGGCAGUUGGGAGCAAAGAUGAACAGAUGGAUGAACAGCCCAGCUAGGGGAUGCAACCAGUACAAGCCCACCUUUAUUGAACAUCUAGCAAACUGCCUCACUCAUGGGUUAUGGAUCAUACCCAGUAUUUACGCAUCGUGGGUCAUGCUGGAGAGUGCAUCCACCCUCGGGCAGAAGGCCAACGCAAUCCUGUUUGGUUUGGCUCUUUCAUGUCUCUUCCUAGUCUCAACAAGUUUCCACACAAUAUCCUGGUGCAGGAAACAGUCACCACUCAGGUUUUAUCUUCACAUCUCUGAUAGAGCAGUUAUUUAUGUCUUCAUCGCGGCUUCCUACACACCUUGGUUAACUUUGAAGAAAGUUGGUUGGAUAGGCUACUGUAUAUUCUGGAUGGUGUGGAUUUGUGCCGUCCUGGGCGUUGCUUAUUCCUACUGCUUCUAUGAAAGGUACAAACGUCUUGAGACUGUGCUGUACCUGGUUCUUGGCAUUGGUCCAUCUGUUGCCGUUCUGGAUGUGCAAUGUUCCAACGAUGGUAUGUAUGAGCUUGCCCUCGGAGGUCUGGUCUAUGUCUUAGGGGUCAUCUUCUUCAAGAGCGAUGGAAUCAUUCCGUGUGCUCACGCCAUAUGGCAUAUGUUUGUCGUUGCCGGAGCGGGGCUCCAUCUCUACGCAAUCCAGACGUACCUCAUGGGGUCAUCAAGUAAAGUUCAACCACCGGCUCAUCAUUUUAUAGGGGAUGGUUAAGAUUGAGGAGUUGAUUGUCGCGAAAGUACAAAAACUUUUGUACCCUGAUUUUUGUCGUAACCUUUAAAGGCAGUGGACACUAUUGGUAAUUACUAUAAAUAAUUAUUAGCAUAAAAACUUACUUGGGAACAAGCA